AUGGAUCUACCAUCCUCUCUUACUCUUCUGGAGGCCUUCUCCAAUGCCGAGGAUGUAGACCGGUUGAACGGGAGCCAGGUUGAUCUAGAUGCCUUCGGACAGUUCGUUGCAUCGGGGAGUAAGCCGAUAUCUCAACCACAUAUGACCUUGACGAACCAUGUGCCCCAGACAUAUCCCUUAGACAGUUAUCUCACGACGAUAAAUGAGCUGCUCUCGCCGCCGACCCCGGAUCUGAUUCUAGGGGAGCACAAUCAGCCCUUCGAACUGCAGCGAACCUUCGAAACUCGGCUUCCGAAUCUCUCUGAAGAAAGUAAAAAUUAUCUACACUUGAAAGGAGCUCUCAGGAUAGUUCCCGUCGACCUCCGGAAUGAGUUGCUGGGGGCUUAUAUCAAAUAUGUCCAUCCUCUCCUGCCUGUCAUUGAUCUGCAAUGGUUUUUAUCAAGUGUCAUGGUCGAGGAUGAAUCCCGAUUUCCGAGCCCGCUUCUUCAUCAAGCUGUCAUGUUGGCUGGCAGUGCAUUUAUUGAGCAGGAAGCUGCCGUUAAAGCUGGGUUCUCGUCACGGAAGGCAUUGCGAAGAACAUUAUUCGGGCGAGCCAAGCUUCUUUAUGAAUUCGAGACCGAACCAGACGCAUACACCCAGAUCCAAGCAUUAUUGCUCAUGAUGCAGUGGCAUGGAAGUGGAGUUGGCCACAAAAUCCCAACAUACUGGUUUGAUCUCGCGUAUUCCACAGCAGAGCGCGUCGGUCUCCUUGGGAGUCUAGAAACAGGUAGUUUUUCUCACAAGCACAGACUAUGGUGGUGUCUCUAUGUGCGCGACCGCAUUCUCUCCCUCGGUUUCCGUCGACCACUACGAAUCCCAAACAGCGAUGUCACAAUGUCCCUAUUGGAAUCUACGAGAUACUAUUCCUCCGAGCCGUACCACGACCUCGUGCUGGUUAUGCUGGGAGAAGCAGCCGCCAUGCUCAACUGGGAAAAUCAAGAGCGGAUGAUGCUUCUAUUCAUCCAGGAGAUUAAGCUUGCUCAUUGCGUGGGCGUCAUCAUCAAUCUUCUGUAUCAAGAUGCUUGGUCGCCGUCGCCGUCGGGGGACUGUAAAUACUCCAUGGUAGCCAAGUCGAAUGUGCCACAGGCUGCCAUAACCGAAUGCGAACAGCUUCUGAAGACCUGGAUUGAGGACCUUCCUGCCCCGGCACAUUAUUUCUCCCCGUCACUCUUGCACGGUUGCUAUACCGAGUCUCCGGAGAUUGUCCUCCUCGUCCACCAGGCGUUCCUCUAUCUCCUCCAUCUCACUACAAUGUCAGUACUCUACCAAGAUGCGUCGAGCAGAGGAGAUGGUCUCCAGACGACCCUUAUCUCGGAAAUGAGAGGCCUGACUUCGCAAGUCAACGAGAUUCUCAAUGAGCUACAUGACUGCAGGAUCCUUCAUUUUCUCCCUGGAAGCACUAUUACUAUACUGAUUAUUAUUCUGGAGGCAAGCCUUCCUGACCUGAAGGUUUCGGAUGAUAUUGUGAGGAUGCAGGCCAUGUCGAACUUGUAUGCCUGCGAGGAAGCGGCUGGGUAUUUACUACAAACAUAUCCUGCGGCUGAGAUUGUUCUUUCACGGGCGCAGAAUGCUCGUGGACAUCUCUUGGGUUUGACCGCAACUUGA